CAACAUUUACCCAACUCAAUUACGAGUCAGGUCGGGUCGGAUUCCAGACAAUCAACAACAAAAUGUGAGAGAGAGAGAGAGAGAAUCAAUAUUCAAUACUACUUACAAGAAGAACAAUCACCUAAUUACAGAUGCAAAAACAAAACAAAAUGAGCCUGCUACCGUCCACAGAACAACCCAAACUCCCCAAAAAAGCAAGAAACAAGAGAGUUAGAGAGACAAAACAAAAUAAAAAUAAAAGAGAAUGUACAGAAAUUUUCAAUCAUGGGUCUUUCACCAUCUACAACAACACCUCUGUACUUUUUCUCUCCAGCCCUCUCUCUCUCUCUCUCUCUCCAGAAUACCAGUCACAAGGCUCAGAACGUGUUAAACAUCUCCUUAAGGGUCUCCUCUUAAAAGAUCAUAAAAUUUCAGAUAUGACAGCCACAACAAAGGUAGAAGAAACAGAGAUUUGAGACCAAAACUAUGGCUUCAAGAACAGAAACAAUCUUGAAGAGAAAAUGAUCAACGAACCAAAGAUGCAAGCUGAACUUCCUCUUCCACCUUAGCCCAGAGCUCCUAAACCUCCAUGAACUCUUCUUCCCUAGCCUCUUGAAAAAGAGCGAAAAACAUGGCUUCUUCUCCAUCUCUCUCUCUCUAAGAAUAUGUCUUUGUUGUUGGAGAUUGUGGUUGGUUAUAAGGUGUGGUGUGGGGGCGUUUUGGGAUUGGGCGUUGGUUUCUUUAGGUUUUUAA